AGUGACACAACCAGCUCAAGGCCGUUUAGGAGUUUCGUUACAGAAAACCGGUCGCAAUGACGUCGCUGCGCUUUGCUUUCUGCUUUCCCAUGGCCACUGGGCACAUCAACCCCUCGCUGCCCAUUGCGAAAGCUUUGACAGAUUUGGGGCAUGAGGUGCAUUACAUGUCGCGCAAAGAGAUGGAAACCGUGAUCCAGGGCACUGGGGCGAGCUUCACCGAUGUGGCCUCGCAACAGACCGAGCUCUACGAGGGCAGGGAGACCGACAUCAUGGGCUGCUUUCGCGGGGUAGCGCAGGAGAUGGGCUGUGCCGAUGAAGCCAUGAUGGUGUCGAUGCUGAAGACGGCACCAAGGCAUUUGGAGCUGCAGAUGCCCGGCACCAUCCGAUGGCUGCAAAAGAUUCAGCCGCAGCUGGUGCUCUUCUGCCCCUUCAUGAAUGGGGAGGCCCUGUUUGCGGCCAAAUAUCUGCAGAUCCCAGCGGUGGGGCUGUGGACCUUUGCGGGGCCCGGAAGCCUCGUGGGCAUCGUGAACAUGUUCCUGACGCAGUCUGGUGGCAUGGAACCUGCAGAAGUCUUUAGACAGGUGGAAUCCUUUGAGCCCAUGCUGGAGAGCAUCAGAAGAUUUAAGGAGAACUACGGUUUCGACUUGGACUUCCGUGGUUUCUUGGAACCCAAGGGUUUCCUAUCCGUCUUCUGUGACACGCGCUACAACCUGGUGACCACGGGUAAAGACCUGCAGGAUCCAUUGCCCGAAGAAUUGGCCGAGAGGUACCAAGAUGCGACGUUUAUCACCGUGGGGCCAUUGUUGCAGGCGCGAAGUUGCCAGGCCAGUGAGGCGAGCGGCGAGUCCGAUGUGUUGACUGAGAUCCGGGAAGCCCAUGAGGCUGGAAGGAAGGUGAUUUUGGUGAGCAUGGGCACGAUCCUUACUUCCAACACCGAAGAUGUGGGCUGGCACAGCGUGCCCAGGGACGGUUCUGAGAAGCCACGAGGUCUCACUGGCAAACAGCCGUGCCACUCCGCCUGGUCCGCCGCCUUCGAUGCCUUCGGCCACUAUGGCGACGCGGAGAGCCGGGACGUGCCGCUGCUGGUGGUGGCCGUGGGGUCCCAGGAGGAUGCCUUGGAAGAUUUGCAGGUGCCCAAGAAUGCCAGGUGCUAUCCCUACCUGCCGCAGGUUGAGGUCUUGAAGGCAAAGGUGGACCUCUUCCUGACGCAUGGCGGACAGAACAGUUUCAUGGAGUCCCUGAUGGCUGGGACUCCGGUGGUGGUCUGUCCCGGCUUUGCAGAUCAGAUCGCCAACGCCAUGCGAGCUGAGGCCUCCGGCGUCGGGCUGCAGAUCCCCCGCCCGGUGCCGCCGCACGGCGAGGAGCUGUCGGCCAUGGCGCGCUACCGCGGCACGGUGGUCGCAGCGCUGCAGCGGGUCUUGGCCGAGCCGCAGUUCACGGAGAUGGCGCAGCAGAUUGGAACGAAACUGCGGCAGGAAGGAGGUGUGCCCCGAGCAGUGGAGCUGUUGAUGGAAACAGCCCGCGAGGCGAAGCCUACGUUGUUGGGAAAUCUGCACGGGGAGACCAACGUUGCAAAAGAGGCACAGGAGAAGGCAGCAAGAGCUGCACAUGCGUAGCAGCAUAGCAUAAGCAUAUAGCACUUCAAUUUUUCCGUUUGAACUUAUGCGCAUUCACCUCCAAAGCAUUUACAAACCGGCAAGUUGGACUGUCGGAGCGGAGGAUUUGAGCGUUGUCAUGUUGUACAGCUUGCGGUGAACCACCACUUGCAGUGGUGUGCCGCAGCGGGGCCGCGGUAAAGGCUGUGGCUUCCGAUGGCCAUUUGGGCGUCGAAUUAGUUCGCGGGACCCGACGGCCCCUCGAACUUUGCAAGUCAAAAC